GCUGGACCGCGCGCAAAACCCGUCGGUUAAGCUGAGGCUAGGCUAGGCUAGGCUCGGCAAAAACGCAGGAGUACGGGCAGGGACCAGAACUACACAACACGCCAGCAUGGCUGCAUACGAGGGGGGCGCGCGCCGCCGCCCGCCGCCCCCUCUCAGCAAGCCGAGAGCCGCGCUCCUUGCCCUGGCGCAGCAGGACGCGGAACACUACCUGAGAGGCGCCGGCGCCGAAGGCCUGUCCGAGGCGAUCCGCGCGGUCGCCGUCGCGGCGAUCGAGGAAUUUUCCGACGAAACGCGAGACCCCCGUAAGAGCUCCACCGGGCCCCCCGCGGCGAAGGUCAGCGCCGGGGCCGCGGGCGCGCAUGCGCGGGUGGCGCACGCGCAGGCCGAGCGCAUCGCCGCGCGGGACGCGCUCGCGGCGCGCGCGACCGACGACCCGCUGUCGUCGGCGCUGCUGCGCGCGGUGGCCGACGAAAUGCCGGCGCCGGCGACCGCGCCGCCGGCGCCCGCGGCGGGCCUGCGGCGCGGCCCGGCGCCGGACACCUUCGACGCGCGCGGCCUUCGCCCGCGAGCGACGGCGAGCGGAACCGGAGGCGCCCCGCCACCACGCUCACGGAGCGCGGGCCAGAACCCGUUCGCCGCGGAGCCCGGGGCCUUCGACGCGCCGCCGCUUGGCCAGAACCCGUUCGCCGCGGAGCCCGGGGCCUUCGACGCGCCGCCGCUUGGCCACGCCCCCCUCCGCGGGCCCACGGCUUCGGCCCCCCUCCGCGGCGUCGGCGGCGACCGCGAGCCGCGCAACCUGACGGAAAUCGAGCGCGAGACGUGGCGGCGGCACGUCGAGGAUCUGCGCCGGGGGCUCGAGGGCGACGCGGACGCGCCGGCGGCGGCGUACGCGUUCGGCGGCGUCUUCUCGUGCGAGAUGUACGGCUCGUCCGAGCAGCGCGACCAACACGAUGAGCUCUACACGGAGUACGUUUUGCGGUGCCGCUGGGGGCGCUCGGUCGACGCGACGCGGCCGUGGCUCGUGGGCCGCCGCUUUUCGGAAUUCGCGGCCCUCGACGCCUCGCUGCGGGGCGCGUACCCGUCCCUGACCUUUCCGGCGCUGCCGUCCUCGUAUGUCCUCUUCCCCUUGGACCCUGCGGUCGUCGAGGAGCGCGAGGCGGGGCUCGGCGCAUACCUGGGCGCCCUGCUCCGCGACCUGCCCGAGCUGCUCAAGACGCGGCACGUCGACGAGUUCCUCCAGGUGUCCGCGCGGAUCCGGGAGGUCCACUAG